GACUAGACUCGUGGAAGCACAAUGUAUGAGAAAGUCUUGUCUGCAAAACCAGAUGGAUCAUCAGUAUUAUUUAUUGAUGUGGGAGCCAGCUGCUCGCACCAGCUGCUGCUGGGGUACGUGCUGUACCGGCUGCAGCAGCAGGUGGCCGUGACGUUCGUGCCGAGCGGCGAGCGGCCGGAGCAGCUGCCUGGCCAGCCACUGCUCAGCUGCCGGCCGCUAGAUGAACAGCCAGGCUGCUGGCGGUCGGCUGCCCAGCUGGCCGCCCAGUUGGAGGCAGCUGUGCCUGCCGCUGGCCUGCCUGCACAGCUGAUGGUGCUGGAGGAUGCCUCGUGUCUGGCGCAUUGGCUUGGUGUUGGCCGACUCUGCCGACUGGUGCAGCGGGUCAUGGCCAUAGGCCACCAGAUGGUGCUGGCGGUGGGUGAGAACGCCAUCGGUGAGGAGUGGCUGGCCCAGCUGCGCCACUACGCCAGUCACGUGGUGGCGGUGGAGGGCACGGGACGCGAGGUGGCCAUCAGCGUCACCUGCCGCUCCAGGACCGGCAAGGUCGAUACGGCUGAGGAGCGGGUGGUCCUGGACACCGGGCUGCAGGUGACCCGCGUGGAGCCGCGGCGGCCCCAACUCGCCCCUGUGCAGCGUCCGGGUCCCGAUCCGGCCGCCCAGCUGACCACCGGCCUCACCACCUUCAGCCUGCAGCUGUCGGAGCAGGAGCGCCAGGCGCGCAGCCGGCUCGUGCUGCCCUACCUCAGGCCGGAGCAGGGUCGGGAGGAGGCCGGGUCGGGAGGUCAGAUCUUCUACCAGCCGGACGCCGCCGACGACUGGGACGAGGAGGAUCCCGACGACGAUCUGGACGUGUGACCUGACCUGGCACGAUCCCGGGCCUGGGAUGACCCCGGCCAGGUCGGGAGGAGCUGUUAAAGAUCUUUGCCACCUCCAGUCCGAAAGAUCAGCCGAAUGUGAACUAGGCCUGGCCUGGAAGGUGACCGGGGUCUGACCCCGGCAGACACGACCCGCGGCGUGACCCCGGCAGCGCCUGAGCCUGUGUGACCGCUGUGGGUCUGUCAGCGGAUCUCCGUCUGCGUCCGGCUCCGAAGGACCGGACCCGGGCGACGCAUCUGUCGAGGAAACCGUGCCGUGCCUUCCCGUGCAGGGGAGAAUGGCGUGUGUAAACUGACUGAUUAAUGAAGUCCGCAGAGACGCACAGCCGGGCCGAUCAAUGUCGGAGCGGCUCCGAAGACUGGUCUUGACGGGUCCGAA